CGAGUUUUUGAAUGGAGAAGUGUUCGAGAAGUGUUAUUUGGCGUAAAGCCGAUUUUCGCUAAUUUAAAAACAAUAUUUUGCGUGAAUUGAUGUUCACGUAGCAAUAGAUUAUGGAGUAUGCGUUAAAAAUUUUUAAUUGAUCUUGGGAAAUAUAUUCUAUUUGCAGUUAAUUCAAUUUUUAAAAUGUGUUUACUUUUCAUGCAUAGCCAAAAGGAAUCAAUCGCGUGCUUGUUAAUAACUAUUUUAUUUCAUAUUAGAAUUCAGUCUUAAUUUAAGAAUUUACCAAGAAUAGUCAGUUUAUUCUUCUUCUGUCAAAGAGGUCUUAACUAUAUACUUAGAAUAUUGGAAAACUUCUGGUGAUUUUGACACAUCUAUUGUCAGAGUAUACCUGCGUCCGGUAGACUUCUACUCUUUCAGUUUUGCUCAAUAGUGUUCAUAAAUAAAUUGAAUUCUAGAAGGAAAGGAUUGAGAAAGCAGAAGGAAGAACAUAAUUGUAAUAUACUAGGCUACAAAUGCAGUCAACUAGGCUACAAAUACAGUGAACAUGUCGAAAAAGACCGAAAAAAACGUGGUGAAAACAUUUUCGCUGCCCCUUACCACUAGAGAGAAAAAGGCAGAACUCACAUCUACAAAAGAAAUCGGUAGCUUUUCUAUUAACAAAGACAGAGUAUAUUUUCAUGAUGCAUCUGAACUGAAAUUUUACGUGCCGCGCGACAAUCCAGUAUACUUGGAUUUAAAUGUUGGACUCACAAACCCUUCAUAUCAAGCAAGAGCAGAUAUAUUGGACGAUUCCGAAAAAAUGGAUCACAUAUUGAAAUGGAUUGUUGAAGACAAGUUUAAACUUUUUAAGGAAGAUAACCGUGUUGAUUUCAUAUCCCACAGAGGUACUCUGAAGAAAAUCAUGCUUUUGGACAUUGAUAAUCCAGAAGAUAAAUGGUCCAUCUGUGCCACGAGAUUCAAGGGAAGAAUUUACAUGGUUGCCGUGUUUAACGAUUCGGGAAGCGAAGUAUCGGAGCAAAAUAAAAGAAGCUCAGCCUGGGGAUACAAGUUUGAAGAAUACAUGAUUUCAGAUCAGCCAGGAGGAGAACCAAGAGUGGAUUCAACGACACAUGAACUGGAGGAAUUUUGCAUUGUCGUCCAAUCUAAAUUGAGUGAUUAUACUCUGGCUUACAAAGUGGAGAUUGAUGGGAUUCACAGUGACCGUUUGGACGAAGAAUCUCCUCAGUGCUACGUGGAGCUGAAGACCUUCGACAGGACUCUCAUGAAGGAAAUAUGGGGUUCUUAUAAAACAAGGAAGAAGUUUUUUGACCACUGGAUUCAUAUACAUUUUGCUGGAAUUAAAACUAUAGUGUUUGGUUUGAAAGAUAAGAAUGGAAUCGUUACGGAAGUUGAAGAAAUGGAAGCAUCUGACUUGCUAAGUAAAACUAGAGGUUCUUGGAAUGUGGAUAAGCAACUACAGUAUGUUGACAGUUUUCUGACAUUGCUGAAGGACAACGUUACGCAGGAUGAUCCGAAUGUUGUCUACAAAUUUGAAAUCCAGCCAAAUGGCAAAAAAAUCAUUCAGUGCACAGAAAUGCGUAAUUUUGAUGAAAAAUACAGGAUUCUGCCUCAAUGGUAUGUCACAGCAUAUAAGGAAAACGACCCUCCAAGUGGAUCAUUUUCCUCCAGUGUCUAAGCAAGAAUGUGUAUGUAACUACACUGUAAGAAAAACAUAUUACCAUGCCUUAAUCAUACUGCUGUAGUAGAAAAUAAACAAAUUGCACUUCCUCAGUGGCCUUCUUAGCACGGGUGUCACCCAAAGAGAUAAUUUGUG